AAAAACGCUUUUAAAGUAAGAAGUGAGGAGGUAUUGUAUACAAUCAGAUAAAAAUUCAGGUUCUGCCUCCUGUCAGCUCUGUGACCUGUGACCAUUACUUAACCUCUCUAAACCCUGGUUUCCUUAUCUGGAAAAGAAAUUUUAAAAGUACUUAGCUCCUAGCAUUGUGCUGGCCAUUUAACAAGACAAUGCGUAUAAUCCCCUAGCACCACACCUGGAUUCUAGUAAGAGCUAUAAAUGUGAGUUGGUGGUCCUGGAAAGAAGCAGACCUGGGGGUAAGGAGCCCCAGGUGAAGUGUUCACCUCCACCCCUGACGUGCUUGGUGAUUUUGCCAAAGUCGCUUGUCUGAGGUCCAGUGCCUCCUGAUUCUCCUGAAAAUCCUGUCCUCUGUAAGAACUAUCACUGAGGCUGGUAGCUGCUUGCUGGGACCUGUGGCACUCGGGGCUGAACCUGCUCAUACUUGUUUUUCCUCCAACAGAGCAGAGCCUCCCGUGGCCCCAGGAAGCAGCAGGCAGUGAGAGGUGUGGAGUCCCCAAUGCCUUCCUGUGCAUGCCUGUAGCAGGUGAAAAUGCGCUGGAGACACAAGACGGAGACAGGAGGGAGCCCCAGCUGGAGGCUGCUCUUGUGCCAAUGACCCUUCCCAAUUCUUCCUGUGUCAUAGAAGACAAGAUGUGCGAGGGGAAUAAGACCACCAUAGCCAACCCCCAACUGAUGCCCCUGGUGGUGUUCCUGAGUGCCAUCUCCUUGGUCACCGUGGGACUCAACCUGUUGGUCCUCUACGCUGUACGGAGUGAGCGGAAGCUACACACUGUGGGGAACCUGUACAUUGUCAGCCUCUCUGUGGCAGACCUGAUCGUGGGAGCUGUCGUCAUGCCCAUGAACAUCCUCUACCUCCUCAUGUCCAGGUGGUCCCUGGGCCACCCUCUCUGCCUCUUUUGGCUUUCCAUGGACUAUGUGGCCAGCACCGCAUCAAUUUUCAGUGUCUUCAUCUUGUGCAUCGAUCGCUAUCGCUCUGUUCAGCAGCCCCUCCGAUAUCUUAAGUAUCGUACCAAGACCCGAGCAUCAGCCACCAUCUUGGGGGCCUGGUUUCUCUCCUUCCUGUGGGUUAUUCCAAUUCUGGGAUGGCAUCACUUUAUGUCACCGGCCUCGGGACACCGGGAAGACAAGUGCGAAACAGACUUCUAUGAUGUCACCUGGUUCAAGAUCAUGACCGCCAUCAUCAACUUCUACCUGCCCACCUUGCUCAUGCUCUGGUUCUAUGCCAAGAUCUACAAGGCUGUACGGCAGCACUGUCAGCACCGAGAGCUCAUCAAUGGAUCCCUCCCUUCCUUCUCUGAAAUUAAGCUGAAGCCAGAGAACCCCAAGGUGGGGGCCAAGAAACCAGGGAAGGAGUCUCCCUGGGAGGUUCUGAAAAGGAAAUCAAAAGAUGCCAGUGGUGAGCCUGUCAUGAAACCACCAUCCCAAGACUCAGAGGAGAUGAAAUGCCCAGGUGUCUUCAGCCAAGAAGAGGACAGAGAAAUGGACAAACUCCACUGCUUUCCACUUAACAUUGUGCAGAUGCAGACUGAGGCAGAGGGGAGUGGCAGGAGUUAUGUAGCUAUCAACCAGAGCCAGGGCCAGCUGGAGAUAGAUGAACAGAGCCUGAGAAUGCGUGUGGCCAAUGAGAUAUCAGAGGAUCAAAUCCUAGGUGAUAGCCAAUCCUUUUCCCGGACAGACUCAGACACGCCCCCAGAGUCAGCAUCAGGGAAAAGCAAACCUAGAAGUGGGUCUAGCACAGGACUGGAUUACAUCAAGUACACUUGGAAGAGGCUCCGCUCACAUUCCAGACAGUACGUGUCUGGGUUGCACAUGAACCGAGAACGGAAGGCUGCCAAACAAUUGGGUUUUAUUAUGGCGGCCUUCAUCCUUUGCUGGAUUCCUUACUUUAUCUUCUUCAUGGUCAUUGCCUUCUGCAAAAGCUGUUGCAAUGAGCAUGUGCAUAUGUUCACCAUCUGGCUUGGCUAUAUCAACUCCACGCUGAACCCCCUCAUUUACCCCUUGUGCAAUGAAAACUUCAAGAAAACAUUCAAGAAAAUUCUCCACAUUCGCUCUUAAGGGAGGCUACAAGGGGAUGCAACCAAAGUGACACUUAGGCUGUCCCUGAAGAAAAUGGAGGAUGAGGCCUGUGAGUUGCCAGGCACCUGGGCUUUCCAGAGUCAAAAGAAUAGUCUUAAGGACUAGGUAGCUUGGAAGGUUCUUAGACCCAUUGGCAGAAUAGCACAUGUUGGUGGUCAGCAGAGAGAUUGUACUCUGAGUAGAAAGCAGGAUAUUUCCAAGAGAAUCAGACCUGGAUGAGUUCUCCUGCUCCUCAGGAAAUGUGGGAGCCUCAGACUCUCACUGUCAUUCAAGCUUUCAGACUUGAAUUAAUUGGAAACUGAAGGGACACGUAGGUAGAGUUUUACUGGAGAAUUAGAACUCUCAAGCCUUCCUGGAAUGGAGUUAUAUGACUGUGCAAAGACCUCACAUAUGCAGAUAGAUGCUGUCCCCUUCCAGGGAUCACCUUGAUAGGCAUGACAGCUAUUCCAUUGUGACUGUCACUUCUCAGAACACCUCUCCUCUGAGCCUCUCCUACAGCUUUCUCCAGAACCAGUGUCUGAACCACCUUGGAAAUUCUGCUUUAUUAUUUCUCACUCAUGCACAUCUUAGAGUUGAUAGGAAAUUUUUCAGCUUGUACAUUUCCUUGUUUGCAACCCCAAAUUCCUUUUGGCUAUUAACAGAAUAAUGAUAAAAGCUGCCUUCAAAAGAAAAAGAAAAGGCGUGUUUUUAAUGGUUGCACAAUGAAAGCAUAAAAAGGGGGAAUGGGGAGAAGAAAACUAUAUCUCUUGAGUGCUGGGCCAGGCUUAUCCCCCUUAAGCUCCAUGACACUCCAUAGCAGGUGGAUGGUGUUACUAGAAGAGCAAAUUGUGAUGUAGCAAGAUGACAUAAAGUGCCCAACAUCACACAGCUAGUAAUGUGAGAGAGUGAGAAUGAGAACCCUGUGGGGUUCUGGCUCAUUGUAACACGUUUUCUCCAAAAGGCAAAAAUUUGUCCUGUUAAGUAUGUGCAUGUGCACACACACACACACACACACACACACACAUGCACGCACAACUAUUCCUAAGAGUGGUGGCAAUUCUCAAAAGGAUAUGCUGAGAGAAGGAAAAGCUGGCAUAGAAUAUUCCUGAGGCGGCAGAAGGUGAUACUUUGAAGGGACAGUGUGCAUUUUUAUUUGUGAGUUCUGCUGUAUUCGUUGAAGAAAAGUCAUCAUGUUCUUUUAUACUCACACCUCUUUAGUAAAAACUAGCAAAGGCAUGGAACGUACAGUUUUCUUUGGUGUUUACAUUGCAAUCUGGUUGUGAUUUAUUUUAAAACUUAAUGCUAAACUGUAAUGUAUGUAGCCAAAUGGAGUGCGUGUACAAGCUGGUAUUUUGUGUCCUGUGUUCCUGUUCGCAUGAUGUUAAAAAUGACAGAUUUUUACCUGCCUAAAAUAUGAUAUUUGAAACUAC